GAUCCAUUUCUGCAUGUUUCAUAUAAUUUGAGAAUUAGAGAGAAGUUUUCUGUUAUCUUUACCUGUAAAAUUCGAGGUAUUCCUUGCUAUAAUGUCGACAGAUCAGCUGCUACUAUGUUAUAAUAAGGGUUGUGGAAAAAAAUACAAAGAGGACGAAAAUGGAGAAGAUGUAUGUUUACAUCAUCCUGGUUGUCCAGUAUUUCAUGAUGCUCUGAAGGGCUGGUCCUGUUGCAAGAAAAGAGUUACAGACUUUACAGAAUUCUUAAACAUCAAGGGUUGCACUAAAUCAUGCCAUACUAAUGUGAAACCUCCUGAACCAGAAAAACCCAAUACAGAUGACAAGGCUCUCGGACUUGAUGAGGUGAUAAAAGUUAAACCACCUAAACGAAAACCAAUACCAACUGAACCUGUAGAAAGACCAAGUGAUGACCUUCCUAAGAUAAAACUUAAAAUGACAGUAGCAGAUUCUUUGAAGAAAGCCCUGGUAAAACUUAAAGACCAAGAAAAGGACAAACCUGGAGUUUGCGAGGGUAGUGAAACUGAUGGUGGAAUUAAACCUGGAACAACCUGCAAGAACAGUGGAUGUAUCACUUCAUAUGUAGAUGAGAGUACAAAUGAUGAUAAGUGUUGGCAUCAUUAUGGAGUACCAGUGUUUCAUGAAGGGUAUAAAUUUUGGUCUUGUUGUCGGAAACGAACAACAGACUUUGAUGAGUUCUUGAAACAGGAAGGAUGCGCGUCGGGGUCUCACAGAUGGGAACUAACGGAAGAGGAAAAGGCAAAAAGAGUUGUUUGCCGGUAUGACUGGUUCAAGAUGGGAAACUUUAUCGUCAUUUCAGUAUUUGCUAAGCUGAGUGAUCCUCAACAAACUUUUGUAGAAGCAAAUAAAACAAUUGUGAAAGCCCAUGUGGUGUUUGGGGGCUCAAAUGUAUUUGAACUUCAGCUCAAUCUUCAUGGGGUGAUUAUUCCAGAACAAAGUUCAGUGAUGUUAUCCCAGACCAAGGUGGAGAUAAAACUACGAAAAGAAGACAUCGGAAGGUGGCCUUCUCUGGAACUAAAGAAACCAACUGAAGAAAACCCAGUGAAAGUGGAAGAGUCAAAAUAAAUUCAAUUUUUAAAAUGAGAAACGUACAUAACAAAUAACAGUCAGAAACAUCAAACACGAUAUGUAUCACAGAAGUUUUCUUGUGCAUGGCAAUUUUCUUGUAGUUUUGGAAUACUCUGUGGUUAUUAUUUAAUCUUCUUUCUGCUUGCCUUGGAUAAAAGAAAAAGAAAAACAGAGGGAAUAAACACUGCAGUGCAAUGGUCAUUUGGUUAUUUCCCUACCGAUUUUCUUCGGCAAGACACGACGCGAGCUAUUGACCCUUUUUUUUAAAUGAGCUUAGGAAUUAGCAAAAAUGGUGUGAAGAAAACAAUUUUACAAAUACAGAAAUACUGUCUUAUCUGUUGACAAUAAGGUAAUAAAGAAAUUGGAACUGAU